AUGAGUGCCGAGGCCCCAUCCACACUCUGGGAUCUGGCAGUGCAGAGCCUGCUAAGGAGUGAGGCCUUGGACAUAUCUGAUCUGGAGUACUUGCCCGAGAAGUUCUUUCCUCUACUGCUCAAGGAGGCCUUCACCGGCAGUCACAGUAAGAGCGUGAGGGUGAUGGUGGCAGCCUGGCCCUUCUCCUGCCUCUGCUUGGGAGACCUGAUAAAAACCCCUCUGAACAUGGAGACCUUCCUGGCUGUGCUGGAUGGACUGGAUUUGCUGAUUACUCAGAAGGGUCGACCUAGAAGGUGGAAACUGGAAGUGCUGGAUUUGCGCAAUGUGUGGCCUGGAGCAGGGCGUGAGGACUGCUACUCCCCACGGUUCCUGAAUAAGACACAAACCGUGGAGAGUCACGCAGAAUGUGGAGGGAAGCAGACUUUGAAGGUGGUGUUUGACUACCGCCUCCAGUGGCAGAGGCAUAUGACUGAACAGCAAGAAUGCUUCAUCCAGUGGGCCCAGUACAGAAAGUCUUUCCUGCAUCUGUGCUGUCAGAAGCUACAGAUUGCUUGGGCAAGUGACUACAAUUUCCCAAAGCUCCUGAGAUUAUUUGAGCCAGAAUGCAUACAGGAAGUGGAAGUGAAUACCUGCUUGGAACUGAAAACCCUGGCCACCUUUGCCCCUGUCCUGGGCCAGAUGAGAAAUCUUCACAAACUCUUUCUCAAAGGAACUUGCAAGUCAUGGAGGGACGAGUUUGAAGACGAGUAUAGGGAUCUGGAAGAGACAUGGAUCAACGCGUUCAUUUCUCAGUUCCCCAAACUUCAGACUCUCCAGCAUCUCUGUAUGCAUAAUGUAUAUUUUCUUGAAGGCCACCUGGACCAGGUGCUCAGGUACUUGAAAAAGCCUUUGGAGACCCUCUCACUUACUUGGUGCAAGCUUUCAGAGUCAGACUGGCAUUAUCUGUCUGAGUGUCCUCAUAUCUCUCAGCUCAAACACCUGAAACUGAGUGGUGUCCUACUUUUUUAUGGGCAUAGUCGGCCCCUCAAAGACCUACUAGAAAGACUGACAACCACUCUACAGACCCUAGAAUUGGAAAACUGUCUUUUGAGGCCGCCUGACCUCAGUGGCCUCCUGCCUGUUCUGAGCCUUUGCUCCCAGCUCACCAUGGUCAAUUUCUAUGAAACUAAUCUCUCUGUGCAUGACCUGAAGAACCUGUUACUACACACCACCAGUCUGAGCCAGUUGACACUGGAGCUGUAUUCUCUGCCUCGCGAGUGUUAUGAAGAGGGUGAUGUCCUCAUAGAGAGAUCGAGCAGGGUCUGUACUGAGCUCAUGGACACACUGAGGGCUGUCAGGCGGCCCAAGACAGUACGCUUUGCAUCCUAUAUCUGCUAUAGAUGUAAAUCUGAAAGCUUCCUGUAUGACCUGGGGAUCAGUCUCUCUUCCACCAGAUUUCUGACCUUGAGGCUCUUUCCAGAUGAAGACCCAGGACCCACCAACACUUCCUGGAGCUUGCAAGGGCAGAGCCUGCUGAAGGAUGAGGUGUUGGACAUCUCAGCUCUGCAGAACCUGCCCAUUGAGCUCUUCCCAUUCCUAUUCAAGCGGGCACAUUAA